AAGGGCUGCGGGGGUAAGGGGCCCGUGCCUAUUUCUGCACGUCCUCGCCCUUGCAUGCGGUAUUCCCCUCGGGUCUCCCCCUAGCUCCACGGCUGCCGCAGCCCACGCCCAUCUUUGGGGUGAUUCAGGAGCUUUGAUGUCGCCCUCGGGCUCGCCGCCCGCGGGGCGGAACUCUCUGUGCGGGGCAGCACGGAAGGUUUCCAGCGGCGGACGCGGCGCGGCCGGAAGGCGGCGGCUCCGCCGGCGUGGCGGCAUGGCGGGCUGGGGGCGGCUGGCCCGGCUCGGCGGGCGCCUCUGGGCAGCGGCGGCGCCGGCUCCCGGACACAGGUGCCAGCUGGGCUUUGUAGUCAGGAACAUCAACAGUUCAACGUGGUGGCACGAGCAUCUUUCUGAAGAGAAUGUGGAGUUCCUUAAGAAGAUAACUGCAGAGGAUUACAAAGCUCAGACAGCCAGCAAGCUGUGCCCUCUGAAAGAUGAGCCGUGGCCACUGAAUAAGUGGACACCAGAUUCCAUCAGAGUUGGCGUUGUUGCAGUAAAACUGGGGAUGAUGCCAAUAUGGACCAAGUCAGGAGAGAAGCGUGCUGUCACACUGCUUAAGGUUCAAGAUUGCCAUGUCUUAAGAUAUGUUUCAAAGGAAGAGUCGGGUGGAAAAACGGCUAAGCUGCUCGUUGGAGGCAAAAAUGUAUCUCCUUUUUCUAAACCAGAGUCUGCACAUGAAAUUUUUAAAGAAGCUGGAGUGCCACCGAAGCAGAAAGUUACAACGUUUAAUGUAACAAAUGAUGCCAUAAUUAAGCCAGGUACUCCUCUGUAUGCUGCUCACUUCCGCCCCGGGCAGUUUGUGGAUGUUACUGCGAAAACAAUUGGUAAAGGAUUUCAAGGUGUCGUGAAAAGGUGGGGAUUUAAAGGUCAGCCUGCAAGCCAUGGCCAGACAAAAACUCACAGACGACCUGGAGCAAUCUCCACCAAUAAAGCUGCCAAAGUUUAUCGUGGAAAGAAAAUGCCUGGUAAAAUGGGUAACGUCUACAGGACAUCUUUUGGAUUAAAGGUGUGGAGGAUCAAUACAAAACAUGACAUUAUUUAUGUAAAUGGGUCUGUUCCAGGUCACACCAAUUGUCUGGUGAAGGUCAGAGAUAGCAAAUUGCCCACUUACAAGGAGUGCAAUAAAAAUCCUCCAUUCCCUACGUUUUUUACUGAUGGAGAUGAAGAACUGCCAGAAGACCUUUUUGAUGAGGAGAUUUUCCAGUUCACAGAUCCAUCUGUCACAUUCGCAUAGAGUUCCUCACAUCUUUGAAAACACAGUUUUGUUAUUUUCAUGUACAUUGCGAUGCUGUAUAAAAGCAAGCCUAUGAAUUGCAGUCUGGCCAACUGACUUAAACACUUCAGGUAUUGCCAUUUUGGUCAGGUAAUCAGAUUUCCCUCUGUCAGUCUCAAACCUGUAGUUAAGGCAACAGGUGAGUCUGAGGGACAGGUUGUAAAGCACACCAAAUCGUGUGUCUUCAGUGACCUUUUGUCCUCUGCCUCAGGCUGUGAAAACCUACACAAUCCUGAAAAACAGUUUGUUUUGAAGAUGGUUCCAGUUCAUUCUCUAAAUGUAAACAAAUUCUGUUUCUCUUUUAUGUAAAGUAUACUGGACAACUCUGAUCAAUCAGAAAAUGGUUCCAAAUCUGCCUUGGCAUCUGAGGUGGGGAGAUCCAUGAGUAGUAAUCCAAAAUAAAACAAGGAAAUGCAUGAGCAUUGUUUUGCAGAAUGGGCUUGUUUUGCUUCCUUCUUUUAUCCAGAGCUCUUUCUCUCCUUUUGCGUUUGUGGUGUUUAAUGUAGCAGAUACCAAACAGAUUUUCUAGAGGGAGGGUGAUGGUGGCCAUGAGGAGGAUGAGAGAGUGUUCAGGUGGGAAACAUUCAGUAAUGGAGCAGCACCAGAACUGCAGGGGCCACCUGUUUGUCACCUCUACUAACAGCUUGUUCUGAACAUCACAGAGGGUGCCUUGAAUGCUGUCUGGAGAAGUUUCUGUGCAUCUACCAUGGUCUUUGUAUUGGGUUCUUGUGCUGUUACGGGAGAGCAAUUUCAAAGAAAGAGGCCAAAUGUGAGAGGUUUGCCUUUGUGAUAGUGCUCAUUUUUCUCUUCUACCCCACCUUUCAAUAGCAGCUGGGAUCAUGCCCCUUCUACUUUUCAUUUUGCAUGAUUUACUAUUUAUGAGUUUGAUCUUUUGGAUUCUGUAAAUCCUCUCACGUACAGAAGUACCUUCAUAACUGUCAGUGCUGGCUGAGCGCUUCACUCUCAAGCCCUGCAGUAGUUCAGGAAUUUGCAUACACUGUUACCAUUAAUACCCUGGCAGUGCUGUCUGCUCAUCUGUGCAGCUUCCUCACAAGCUAUGAGCUCAAGGAAAGCCACAGGUUUAUGGAAGUACAUUAAGGUGAACUCCGUAUCAGAUAACAUUUCAGUGUGGGGAAAAUCAACUAAGUACUACAAUUCCUGUCUCUUUGGUAAGAGAACUUUAUCCUUUCUGGCAUAAAAAGUGAAAUUCCAAUGAUCAUGUUGCUCCAGGGAGUGUUGCCAUUCAGGGAAUGCUGCAGCUAAUAUUGCCUUCCAUUUGUUCAGUUUUCAAGUUUCUGUUGAAGCCAAUAUUCUGUCAGAGUAAUCUUCAGUUUUGAUUUUGAAAUGUAUGCUGGGUGAGAGCUGUAUGAUUUUUUGAGGUGCUGCUUAUUGAGUUCCCACUUGUACUGAGAUGUGCAGGUGAAACCUUUUCUAUCUUUAUCAGGAGUGCUUGAACAUCAAAGACAAGAACUGUCACAGCUCAACUGCAGACUGAUGUCCCAAAGUAUUUUCUGUGGAGCAGAUGCAGAGUGAGAUGGGUAAGAUCUGCUGAUGUUAGCUCAGAGUAGUGCAACUCAGAUUGGAACAUAAACAUCCAUUAGACCCAUUCUUCCAUCAGACGUUGGAAGGCUUACGGUGUUUUAAUUUUCCUUGUUCCCAUCUCUGUUCUUCUGAGUAAAGAGGGUCACUUUGAGCAGGAGAAAACCAGGCUGAAUUUAUUUCAAGGACCACAAUUGUUCAUAAGUGUAAUGCCACCAAGAACACCUACAAGUUUGUUCUUAGAAAAGGCUGAGGGUGUUUAAUAAACUAUUUUCAGACAUUUUCAAAGGUGUUGGAGCUCAAUACUUAUUCUUCAGUGUGGCCAAAGGCUGUGGCUAAUCGAGAUGUGCUUUUAAGCUUCAAAUAAAAGACAAAAUUAGGCAAAUA